AUGGCGCAUGUCGAGAAAGAUAGCACGGUAGUGUCUGAGCACCGUGAGAAAGCAGUCGAUGUCGACCUGGCUUGCAAAGUGAUGGGCGUCGAAGGCACCGAUGUUCGAACAACCUUGCCCAAGUCAAAGGAGGAGAAGGCACUUGUGCGAAAGGCGGACAUCUUGAUCUUGCCCUUGCUGUCAGGUAGCAUUCUCUUUGCGUAUCUUGAUCGAGGCAAUAUCGGGAAUGCUCGCAUCAUGGGCCUCCAAGAGGACAUCAAUCUGUCCAACGGCCAGUAUUUCAACUGCCUCAUGAUGUUCUUCCUUGGCUACAUGCUCGUCGAAUUCGGCGCAGGCCUACUACUCCGCAUUUUUCCUCCACGGUUUGUCAUAGGUGGUGCUAUUUUGUGCUUCGGCACAGUCGCAUGCUGCAUGGCAGCUGUCAAAGGCUAUGCGCCUCUCAUGAUCCUGAGAGUCCUCCUUGGUCUUGCCGAAGGAACCGGUUAUAACGUCUAUCUCUACACCAGUCUGUGGUACAAACCCUAUGAAUUAUCCAAGAGAACUGCCGCGGUAUACGGCAUGAGUCCUCUUGCAGGAGCUUUCAGCGGUCUCUUUGCCUACGGAGUGCAAAGAAAUUUGGACGGCGCAAAGGGUUAUCAUGCUUGGCAGUGGCUUUUUAUCAUCGAGGGGGUGUUAACUAUUGCCUGGGCUCUUCUGAUAAUUGCCAUCCUGCCAGCAUUGCCAGACACUGUGGCGGCAAAAGGCAGCUUCAUCUUUCCACAUGAGGGUGAACGUAGAAUCAUUGCACAACGUAUGCGAGAAGGCCAAAACACCGAGGGUUCCAAGAUCCGCCUCCACCAGGUUUGGAUCGGUCUCAAGGAUCCCAAGCUCUAUCUCGGCUCUUUGAUGAUUGGGGGGUUGGGGAUCAUUGUCGGCGGCUUUUCCGUUUUCCUGCCCACCUUCAUAAAAGAGUUCGGCUUUUCCAGCUUGCAGACUCAGCUGUAUUCCAUCAUCCCAUACGCGUUCGGCUUCGUGUCUCUUGUCUUCAUGGGCUUCGUGUCCGACUACUUGAAGCACAAGGCCUGGAUAAUCUUUGGGUGCUUCUGCGUGGUGGGAGCCGGCUACGUCGUCUUGCUCGCGACUACUAACAAAGUGGCCCUAAUGGCGGGCCUUUGCAUCAUCCUGACGGGCUUGUACCCGGGAGUCAUCGUCAGCGUAGCCUGGAUCAACACCAUGCACGGCGGGUUCACCAAGCGAGCCUUGGCCAUCUGGUUCAGUCAAAUUUUCAUCCAGGGCUACAGCAUCAUCGCGAGCCAGGUGUAUACCACGCCUCCGCGGUUCUACAAGGGCCAUGGUGUCGGCAUCUCUCUUUGUGCUCUUGCAAUGAUCUCCACGGCCGCUUUGUACGUCAUCAUGAAGAGAGCCAACACCCAGCGCGAGCAAAGGGCACGCGAUUUCGCGGCCAGAGGCGAGAUCGACCCGCUCAUGGAGAAGGAUUUUGAGGAUUUGUGCGAUUUCCAUCCCGCCUGGCGCUAUCCGCUCUGA